AAACUUCCUCUUCUUCAAUUCCCGCAUCAUCAGGAAAACGAUGUCAACAACGGCAAGGAAGUCAUGCCCAUUGGUCCAAAUUUGGGGACGCGGUGCAUAAAAUCCCCGCAAGAGGACGAGACAAAAGAGUCUGAGAAACUCACCUCUGAGCAGAAGCUCCCCCUCCACCCGUGACACCAUGACCGAAUCGUGCUGCUCCCCUUGCUGCCAGCCUACGUGCUGCAGGACCACCUGCUGCAGGACCACCUGCUGCCAGCCCAGCUGCUGCGGGUGCGGCGGCGGCUGUGGACAAGGCGGCUGCGGGUCCAGCUGCUGUGGGUCCUGCUGCUGCCAGCCUUGCUGCUGCCGCCCAACUUGCUGCCAGACCACCUGCUGCAGGACCACCUGUUGCCGGCCCAGCUGCUGUGUGUCCAGCUGCUGUCAGCCCAGCUGCUGUGGCUCCAGCGGCUGCGGACAACCUUGCUGUGGCUCCAGCGGCUGUCAGCCAGCCUGCUGUCCCCCUGUGUACUGCAGGAGGACCUGCUACCACCCCACCUGUUGCUGCUUGCCCGGAUGCCUCGCCCAGGGCUGUGGAUCCAGCUGCUGCUAGCCUGCUUGCCAGCCAAACGGCUGCCAUAACGCCUGCUGGAGGACCACCACAUACCCACGGCGGCCGCGGCCACCCCUGCUGCGUCUCCAGCUGCUGCCAGACUUCCUACGGACAACCGCCUCACCAAGAACCCACAAGGGCACACAGCACUGACUGGCCAGCGGGGAAACGGACACUGCCAAACGUUGCCGAAAGCCCGCAUGCAGUCGCCAACAUUUCUGCUACUCAUCUGCCUGUUUAAAAACCUUGGGAAUCGGCUUGAGGAAGUGUGGACCACUUCUCCUGAUUCUCUUCUUCCUCAGGUCUAGGGUGUCCCCUGCCAGCGUCACGCAGCCGGACGUGGAGUCAAGAUCUCUGCCUUGACUCCACAGUCAAGAUCGUCAUCCUGCCUGACGACCUUGGAGAAAUAAACCCCCUCACACCUGAUAGAAAUGUAUUCUUUUGCAACUAUUAAUGUCUGCGCAAGGAGGGUUUCCUUCUCAGUGCAUUCAUGGUCCUUGUAUGCGGAUUUCGUCCUGUCGGGACCCUUCUGCACGUCUCCCUAGACCCAGGGACUCUCACACGAGUG